AUGUUUGCUGAUGCCUUCAAUGAGCUCCAGGUCCCGUCUCAUUUGCUCGACCGAAGCGUCACACCCCUGGUGAGCUUUUCGGGGGAUGUGGUCCAACCUAUCGGGAGCAUUCAUCUCCCUAUCUCUAUUGGAGCAGCACCCCAGCGAACGACGGUCACCACUCCCUUCCUCAUUAUUGAUUGCCCCACAGCCUACAACGUUAUCUUGGGACGCCCUGCCAUGGCCCAGAUGAAGGUUUUCAUUUCCACACAUAUGCCACUGUUGAAAUUUCCUACCCCCAUUGGCACGGGCACGGUGCGCGGUGAUCAACUUGGUGCCCGAAGUUGCUAUGCUUCGGCAAUAAAGUCUACUAAUCGCCAACAUAGGGGUGAGGCCCUAGCGGUAACCCAGGCCCUAGCCCCACCUCAAGCUAGCACUGAGCGCCCAGAAGACCCUAGGGAGGAAUCUACCACCCAACAGGCCGAACCUGUGGAGGACCUCGAAUUGGUCACUCUCCAUGAGGAUAUCCCGGAUCGACAAGUCAGGAUCGGCACCUCCCUCUCACAAGAGCUUCGCUCUGAUCUUAUUGCCUUCCUCCGCCUCAACUCUGAAGUCUUUGCUUGGUCUUACAACGAUAUGCCGGGCAUAUCACCUGACGUCAUCUCCCAUAGGCUAAGCAUUAAUCCUGCCGUCCGACCCGUUCGGCAGAAGCGUCGUGCUUAUGACCCAGAGCGGUAUGAGGCCAUGAAGGCGGAGGUGGAUAAGCUGAGCCCCAUUGGAUUCAUCAAGGAGGUGGAUUAUCCCACCUGGCUAGCCAAUGUGGUAAUGGUACGUAAACCAAGGAAGGGUUGGCGCAUGUGCGUAGACUACACAAAUCUCAACCGGGCUUGCCCAAAGGAUAGUUUCCCCCUACCCCGCAUUGACCAGCUAGUUGACGCCACAGCUGGCCACGCCCUCCUCAACUUCAUGGAUGCUUACUCAGGGUACAACCAAAUCUUCAUGCAUCCUGAGGACCAAGCUCAUACAUCCUUCAUCACCGACCGUGGCCUUUACUGCUACAAAGUCAUGCCAUUCGGCCUCAAGAACGCCGGGGCUACAUAUCAGCGUCUGGUGAACAGCAUCUUCGCUCCACUAAUUGGCAACACCAUGGAGGUUUAUGUUGAUGACAUGCUGGUCAAGAGUCGCACUGCUGACCAGCACAUCCCCAACCUCUCUGCCAUGUUCACCAUUUUGAAGCAGUAUAGGAUGCGGCUCAACCCCACCAAGUGUGCAUUUGGGGUGGCCUCCGGCAAAUUCCUUGGCUUCAUGAUCAGCCAAAGAGGUAUUGAGGCCAACCCAGAGAAGAUCCAGGCUAUCUUGGACAUGACGAUACCCAAGACGGUCAAGGACAUUCAGAGCCUUACCGGGCGUGUCGCAGCCCUGACCAGAUUUAUCUCUAAAGCCACUGAUCGUUGCGCCCCAUUCUUCAAGGCACUUAAGGGUAGCAAACGCAGCAUUACCUGGACUGCCGAAUGUGACCAGGCAUUCGGCGAGCUCAAGGCGUACAUGAGCCGAGCCCCUUUAUUGUCAACCCCUGAGUCUGGGGACGUCCUCACCAUCUACCUCUCUGUCUCGGCUACAGCGGUUAGCUCAGUGCUCAUUCGACCACACGAAGGUGCUGAGCAUCCGGUGCACUAUGUGAGCAAAGGAUUGCAAGAUGCGGAGAUUCGAUACCCAGACAUUGAGAAACUUGCUUUCGCCCUGGUAGUUUCGGCUAGACGCCUCCGGCCAUACUUUCAAGCUCACACCAUCCAUGUCUUAACCAACCAACCACUCAGGCAAGUUGCAGAAGCCAGAGACUUCUGGGAGGUUAGUUAA